CAAACAAAACUGUUUCCUUCCGACCCUCCGUCAGCGGCACCACAGAUCGGCGUUGUCCCAAUUCGUUCUUCUGACUACGGCUUCUAGAAAAUUCAGGCUGACUCAUAGGAACGUCAGUCUUAUCAUCAAAAUUACCGUUUUUCCGUGACUGACGACUGGAAAUAGAAUAAACAGCGAAUAUGAAUAUACAGCUGGAUAUCAGAUGGUCGACUUGGUCUUCGCAAUUAAGGUAGAAGAGAACGGUUCGCGGACGAGGCCCCUUCCGCCCCAGGCCUGGAGGGCGCCGCGGGAGGGGCGGGGGCGUCCAGGUGGAUGCUGGGCGCGGCGGAGGAGGAGGAGGAGGAGGGCGUGGCCGACGCGCCCGCGGACGAGGUCGAAGGGGCGCUGGUCGAGGCCAGGCCCGCCGUCCUCCCUCAGGUGUAUGGCACCCUGGCCACCGCCCUCACCCACAUGGGCAUGGGCACCAUCCUCGGGUUUUCGGGCAUCACACUGCCCCAGCUCACGGAUUCGACCUCGAAUGACCUCGUGCUGAGUACCUUCCAAGUUGCCAUAUUUAGCAGCGUGAUCAACCUGGGCGCCGCCGUCGGGUGCAUCGCCGGGGGCGUCCCCCUGGUGCGCAUCGGCCAGAGGCUCACGCUGCUCAUGAUCCUGCCGGUGGCGCUGCUGGCGUGGCUCACCCUCUUCACCUCGCAGUACGUCUGGGGCCUCGUGGCCGCCCGCGCCGUGCUGGGCGUCGCCAUGGGCAUCAUGGCCAGCUCGUCCGUGAACUACAUCGUGGAGCUGGCGGACAGCAGCCUCCGGGGCAGACUGGUGGCCUUGCUGAACAUCUCGCGGUACCUGGGCUACCUGUUCAUCUACGCCGUGGGCAGCUCGACCCUGACGUGGCGGGAGGUGGCCCUCGUGUGCGGCUGCGUCACCACCGUCCCGCCCUUCGUCGGGCUGCUCUUCCUGCCCGACUCCCCGCGGUGGCUGGCGACGCGCGACCGCCUCGAGGAAGCCCACCGCUCGCUCGUGUUCUUCAGGGGCCCCGACUACGACUCCGUCCAGGAGCUGAACAGCAUCCUGGCGCAGCUGGACCAGAGCGUGGGGAGCUGCAAAAGCACGAGGGACCAGCUGCGGCGCAUGCGGCAGCCGGCCAUCCUGCGCAGCUCCAUGAUCAUCGCCUUCCUGCACCUCACGAUGGCCUUCUCGGGCAGCUUCGUGGUCAGCGCCUACCUCGUCACCAUCUUCGACGCGGCGCACGUCAGCCUCAGCUCCUACUACAGCGCCGUCGUCAUCGGCCUGGUUCGCCUCGUCGGGGUUUCCGUCAACAUCCUGUUCAUCGACGUGGUCGGCCGGAAGCCCCUGCUCAUCACCUCGUGCUCCGUGUGCGGCGCCUGCCUCUUCAUGCUCGGGGGCUUCUUCUACGACCAGGCCUUCGAGAUCGAGUUCAGCGAGAUGUGGGUCCCCCUCGCCUGCCUCUCCGUCUACAUAUUCUUCUCGUCCUUGGGCUUCCCCGUCGUCGAGCUCGUCCUCGGCGAGUUCCUCCCGACGACCGUCCGCGCCACGGCCGUGUCCAUCCUCUACACGGUCCUCUUCGUGGGCGUGUUCGCCGCCGUGCAGACGUACCCCUACGUAGCGGACGCCGUGGGCAGGUACGGGGCCUUCUGGGUGUACGGCGUCUGCAACUUCCUGAUGGCGAUCGUCAGCGCCCUCACGCUGACGGAGACGCGCGGGCAGACCCUGGAGCAGAUCUCGCAGCAGCAGCAGCAGGCGCGAGGGACUUAAAAGGCCUUAUUCGGGGUGUCUUAUUGUGGUCUUCCCCGUGUGUCCACUCUCGGCCUCAGCGUCGCUUGGAAUGCCAGACUGAGUGAGUGUCCUGUGGAAGGAAGAGGAAUGUUCAUCGACGUGUUCAGUAGCAGAAAUUGAUCGAAAAUGUCCUUGUUGAACGCACUGUCUUUUGUGUUACGCAAAUAAGAGGAAACAGUUGAUAUAUUUAUAUUUUAAUUCGUUUUUCACUUUUAAUCCAUGCAAGUUAUUACAAUUUAAAGUUUAUGCGAUGUUAACUUUGAUUAUGCAUAAUAAAGUCUAUUAUCACUG